UGAUCCCAUCUUCCACAUGCCUCUAUCAACCAACCGCCAUUCUUUUUCCUUAACUAUCAUAAAAACCCAUUUAUUAGGUAUCUACAGAGAUAUUUUUCGCUUCUAGUUUAGAGAAACGAUAAGCAUUUAAUCGAAACCAAAAAUACUCUCUUUUUCGUUGUUCUUUAUUCAGAACCUUGCUUAUGCAUGUGGAUUUGCAGAAAUAUCAAAUAUAGAGAAACUUUUAGUUAGAAUGGGACGUGAAACUUCUUUCUAUGGCAAUUCAACCUCAGAUAAACUUUGAUGAUUGACCACUGUUAAGCAAUAUUCAUUGACGCUCUAGAUAAUUGGAAAAUAACAGGGUAUUGUGGAGGAGUUGGGAUCUAUGAACACUAAAGUCCAAAGUAAGAGACUCCGAGUUAUAUCUUUGAUGUAAACUUUGACUCAAAUCUCAUGAGUUAAAGAUGCUGCACUUACUAUUUCAUUGCAUGGUUGUUAUAUGAGCACUUUCUGGUUAAUGUACAUUAUGUAAGGCUUUUCGUCUUGUUAAACUAGGGAAUGGAUGAAAGACUCACUUGGUCAGUAAGGAGGCAUGAUUUUUGUGAUCUCUCCCACAUGCCUCCUUUGGUAUUUGUGUACCUCUUAAAGAAAUACUAUGCAUAUGGAAAAGGCAAGGCAAUUGCGAAGUUCCGUGCAUUACAAGACCAAGUGCAUCAAGUUCUAUACAAUGAUCCACAACCUGGCCCUGCUACUUUCAUCGCUCACUGUCUCUGUAUUCUGCCCCUGUUUGAAAUACACAGAAGGGGCUUCAGUCAUUUGAUGAUAUCUGCUCUUCGUCGAUUUUUGAAAAUGGGAUCCACUGCUGAAGAUAUACUCAAAUCGAAGCUCUUUGCUGCCAAAUUAUUUCUGGACAUUACUGGUGGAAGUAUGGUACUUGACGAAAGGAUUUUAAUAAAGAUUAUCCAGGUUUUUGAUGUUAGUUUGGAAAAUAUACAGGUAGUUAUUCAUGAUUCUAACGUGAAGAGGAGUGUUAAAAUUGACAGAGCAAAAGAAUUAGUGGAGCAGUAUAUUUUUGAGUUGAUAGAAUCUCAAUCAUAUAUAAAUGCUGUUUCUCUGUUGGAACACUUCUCUAUACGUAAGUCCAGGGAGUCAUUUUUGCUUCAAAUGAUGGAAUGCAAAGAAUACAAAGCAGCAGAAAUGUGGGCCACAUUCAUGGGAAAAUCUAUGUUGUGCGUUCUUGUCCGAGAAUAUGUUGGCAGGAAGCUUGUAAAACCUGCUUACGGUAUUAUAAAGAAAAAUAACAUGCAUCAGGAAUUCCCUGAAUUGUGUCGCCAGUAUAAAGAAAGCUCACUGAAGAAACUAGCAGAAAAAGGUGUAUGGGAUGUAGCAGAAGCAAAAGCAAAUGCCGAUAAACAACUUCUUGAGUAUUUGGUGUAUUUGGCAAUGGAAGCUGGCUACUCAGAAAAGGUAGAAGAACUCUGUGAUCGCUAUUACCUCAAAGGUUUCAAGAGUAUCAAAGAGCUCGACAGGAAUGUUGUCCACAGCGGCUAUAUGCACCUUAAUGAAUUGUUAAUUGAAGAUGUUAUCUGGGUAGAUGAAGUCAUUGGUUUGCGUGAAGCAACGUCUUACUUCGAAGAUUGCAAAAUUAUAGGCCUUGAUUGUGAAUGGAAACCCACUUAUGGAAAGGGCAGCAAAGCCAGUAAGGUUUCUAUCAUGCAAAUUUCCUCUGAUAAAAAGGUUUAUAUAUUUGACUUGAUAAAGCUACAUGAAAACGUUCCAACCGUGCUAGAUGAAUGCUUUGCCCGCAUGUUGCACUCUCCAAGUAUUCUGAAGCUUGGCUACAACCUUCAAUGUGAUGCAUAUCAGCUUGCUCAUUCUUAUGGAGAACUAAAUUGUUUCAAGCAUUGUGAGAUGCUUCUUGACAUUCAGAAUGUGUUCAAAGAGCAGCGAGGUGGUCUUUCGGGUUUAGCAAAGCCUCUCAUGGACAUUGUAUUCAUGGAAACAGAAGAUACUGGGAAAUGGUUUGAACAAAACAACACGAAACAGCAACUGGGAGCAACGACCUUUGACUCAGUAUCAGUGGACUCUGCAUCCCAAGGGAAAAAAAAAUUGCAAUUAAAUACAAGAAAUAUGAUAGGCCCAGCCAUGUCAGUGCACCUAACAAGCUGGAGUAUGCUGCUCUUGAUGCUGCUGUCCUCCUCCACAUAUUUCAGCAUGUACGAAACCACUCGUUGCAAACUGACUCCCAGGAUGAGCAUUCCAAAAUAGAAUGGAAAUCUUGCAUUGUUUCUCACAUGGACAACACCAGAACGCCAAAACCAAAAAGGAGUUGUGAUGCUGGGACGAAGAACGAGUCCUGAGCAAACAUUGCGACCCAUCCACAAAUGUGAAGUUAGGCUGCGCGUUACCUUUUUCUCAUUGCUUUUAAUUUGUUUGGGCUGAGAACAAGAUGUCUUGUUAAAAAAUUGUUGCUAGCUCAAUUACAUUGAAACUUGAUGAUAGGAAAAUCAAUGCACUGGAAAUUGGAGUAUUCUUCGAAUUC